AAUUAGCUCGCUGUGAUUACAAGCCACUUAUCCCACACAAUUGGACAGUAGGCUACUUUUCUUCACUGCUACAAAUUUCAUGACUGAUUUCACGUCUUUGUUCUGAAAUAAAAACGCCGUAUUUUUUGUUAAGAAAUAGGAUAAUUCUUAAACCUGUACACGUUUUAUAGGCAAUCCUCACUCUUUCUGAAUUUCUCAUAUUUCUACUUUUCCCCUGUGCUUGAUCACUGGGUAAAAAAACUGAGUGACAGCUGUCACUUGGAUGAUAUCGCGGAGGGAUAUUAUUUUUUCUUCAUGUGGCACUCCGGUUCAGGACACGCCAAGUGCGGAUAGAUAUAUAAGGUAACGUUUCUGAGCUUUUAUUAAACCAUAUCUUGGCCCAACAUUCUUUCUUUCUUGAAUCUUUACUGCCUAGUCUAAAAAGCAUCUCGUAGAACACUAGACAGCUCAACCCUUCUUUGAUUUGACUGGCUAUCGCCAACCUGGCCAGUGGUGCAGACAAUCGAACAUAUACGUUUUUAAAAUCGAGUAAAUCUUUUUAGAACCGUUUUGUCAUCCCUGGAACUAGGCUCAGUCCAUAUAAAUAUAAGAGAGGCGCCUAAGUGCGUUGCUGUGCGUUAUCAAACAUUUACAGUUUUGUUCGCAUUAGGAUAUCCCUUUAAACGUUUAUAAGGGGAGAAAAACACCAAACGUGUGUUUAAAAUCAGAGACACAGUAACCUAACGGAGUAAACACCGUCUCCAGAGCUCUGGUUUGUGGCUAAUGGUUAAGCGAUGACUCUGGGAGAGACAUGAAAACGCCCACUAGAUACUUGAACUCGACACCAAAUACACGCCGUUACCGGGGGAGUUUUCACAAGUCUAACGGUCUCUCCAGAAUGGAUGUUUUAGCAGUUCCCCAAAUGAGAGAAGAGGGCUGGUACUUGUCUCUUAUGGCACCAAACACAAAGGGUCCAAAGUUUGCAUGGCUUGAUCCAUCAAGACUCUAUUGCAAUCCACAGGCACUGUCAGAUUGCGUAAAAGAUCUUCUCAAACCAUUCCAGAAUGAGACCAUUGACCUGGUAGCUGGAAUAGAUGCCAUGGGCUUCAUCCUCGGGUCAGCUGCGGCCAUAACUUUAGGAAAAGGAUUUUUGGCCAUUCGAAAAGCAGGACACUUAUGUGUUCAAACUCAAACUCAGGACUACAGCGACUACUCUGGACGAGAGAAACUGAUGGAAGUGCGUGUUGAUGUGUUAAAGCCAGGUCUGCGGGUUCUUAUAGUUGACCAGUGGAUCGAGACUGGAGGAACUAUGAGAGCAGCUAUCAAACUGCUGGAGAAUCAAGGAGCUACUGUCGUAGGCAUUGCCGCUGUGGCCAUUGAAAACAGUGAGGGAGGAAAGUGGCUAAAGGAAAACUAUAAAUAUUCCCACUGCAUUCCAAAUGAGCUGCAAUCUCAGAUUGACAGUCAGUACUUGGAGUCUUUUAAGAACUUUAGUGGCUAAAUAUUAAGAAAUCAUGGAGAAAAAAAUAAUAAGUCAGUCGGCCCUUGAAUCAGCUGCAGUUUGUGACAUGUAUUAUUAUAUGUGAAGAGGUAUGAAUCUUGUGAGGACUGAUCUCUAUAAGCUUGAAUGAAUUUGAUUCAGUACAUUCGUCAUGUUUUAAAAAAUUAUUUGUCAUAUUGGUCAUAAACAUGUCUGUUUUUGUUGUUGUUACACUAAAAUACCAAUAGAGGUCACUAUCAUAUUACUAACUUGAAAAUGCUCAAAUGUGACCCUAGACCACAAAACCAUUCUUAAGUGUCAAUUUUUCGAAAUUGAGAUUUAUACAUCAUCUGAAAUAAAGCUGAAUAAGUAAGCUUUUCGUUGAUGUAGGGGUUGUUAGGAUAGGACAGUGUUUGACCGAGAUACAACUAUUUGAAAAUCUGGAAUCUGAGGGUGCAAAAAAAAAAAUUAAAUAUUGAGAAAAUCGCCUUUGAAAGUUGUCCAUAUGAAGUCCUUAGCAAUGCAUAUCACUAAUCAAAAUGAAGUUUUGAAUGAACAUGUUCAUGGUAGGAAAUUUACAAAAUAUCUUCAUGGAAAAUGAGCUUUACUAAAUAUUCAGAAUUUUGGUAUAAAAGAAAAAUCAAUAAUUUGACCCACACUAUGUAUUUUUGGCUAUUGCUACAAAUAUACCCCAGCGACUUAAGACUGGUUUGGUGUUCCAGGGUCAUAAAAUAAACAAUUAUGAAUUUCAUAUAAAUGAAAGAUUUAAUCAAAAUAGUAACAGUAUUAAAAUCAGUAAUUAAUCAAAACAACAGUAUUGCUAUGAUAUAUCAAAUCAAUACCCAUUUUAUUUAUUGUGAGGUGUUUUAAAAGAAUUAAAUAUAUGGCUCAGUUCAGGAAAAACAAUUUUAUUUGGAAUAAAAAUGGCAAUCACAUAAAAAAAAGUAUAUAAGCCCUAAAACUUUUAAAAUCUUUACAGCAAGAAUUUGAACCUAAUUAAAAAAUGGAUAUAACUUCAAGGAAAACUACCCUUUUAAUAAACAGGACUUUUGAUAUAGAAAAAUAUAUUUAUCGCUGUUUAUUGCUUUUUGUGCAACUCAUGCAUGAUCCUCCUGUGUACCUUUUAAAAUCCCUUCUGAAUGUAAACUAAGCAAAAUGUGAAAUAAAAUGUAUGUUUAAUCAACAGUGUAAUAAUCACUGAUAA